AUGCGGUGGCGCUACGCGUUGGCCAAGAUCAAGAAGGAGCCCCUCCAGAUCCUCACCAUCCCGGUAUCGGCGGCCUGCGUAGGCUGGUUAACGAACAAGCUGGCCGUGGAGAUGAUUUUCCACCCUCUGGUGUGGAGGGGCAUCCCGCUGCGAGUGGUCGAGGGUCAGCCCCUCGGCCUGCUCGGCUGGCAGGGCAUCGUGCCCGCUAAGGCUGGUGUGAUGGCGGAACGGAUGGUUGACAUGGUUACCACGCAGCUGGUCGACGUGGAUGAGGUGUUCCGCCGCCUCUCGCCGGGGAAGGUGGCGCGUCUCCUCGGCCCGGAGAUAGACUCGAUCGUGCAGAGCGUGUACGAGGACCUCGCGCCCGGGCCGCUGGCCUGGGUACCCGGGAGCUUCGGGUCGGGGCUCGUUCCCCAGGCGGUGGACGAGCUCAAGGGGCUCCGCCGAAACAUGCUCGUGGGGAUCACGAAGGACAUGCAGAAGCAGGUGACCCACGUGCUGGAUCUGAAGAAGAUGGUGGUGGGGGAGAUGCUCCGGGAUCGGUCCCUGAUGGUCUCGCUGUUCCAGCGGUGCGGCAAGGCCGAGUUCAAGUUCCUCGUCAACAGUGGGUUCUUCUUCGGGUUCUUGCUCGGCGUGGUCCAAAUGUUCGUGUGGCUUCUGUAUGACAAGCCCUGGACUCUGCCCGCGGGGGGCGCCGUGGUCGGUUACAUCACCAACUGGCUGGCCAUCAAGCUGAUCUUCGAGCCGGUGGACCCUGUCAAGCUUGGGCCUUUCGUCCUGCAGGGGCUGUUCCUCAAGAGACAAGAAGAGGUUGCCGCAGAUUUCGCAGAGUUUUUCUCGAGCAACGUGCUGACCUCCAACAAGCUGUGGAGCUCCAUCAUCGACGGCUCUCGGGCGGAUGCGUUCCGAGAGCUCGUGGCCGCACGCGUCGUCCCCUUCGUAUCGAGGGCGUCGGCGGUGGCGGGGGCCAACCUAGACCCGCUCGCCGUGAAGGGUCUUGCGCUCAGGGCUGUGGGGAAGCUGGGGGACCACGUGCAUGUCCUGCACGACUACACCGACAAGACCUUGGCCUUGAGAGAGACCAUGACCGUGCAGAUGCAGAAGAUGUCCACCCGCACGUUCGAGGGCGUACUUCAUCCGGUGUUCCAGGAAGAAGAAUUCACGCUCAUCAUCGCCGGCGCCAUCCUCGGAGCCAUCGCGGGUUUCCUGCAGAUGCUGCUCAGCACCAAGGGGGUCAGGGACGCGGCGAAAAAAGCGGCGUCUCUGGCGGCGGAAAAGGCGGCGGCCGCGGCGGACGGGGUUGUAGACGCCGGAGGCGGUCUGGUGGAGGGUGUCGGGGCGCCCGUCCAGGCGGGGGCACAGGCGAUUCAGACCGGGGCCCAAGUGGCGCAGACGAGGGUUCAAGCGGUCCGGGAAAGGGCGGUCGGAUUCGGGCGGCGAGUGGGUUGCACGGCACAACGGUGUACGGAAUCAGCGUGCAGCGUAGCGGUGGCCAAGGGCCGCUGGCUGUCACGGGGCGGGAGGGCCGGCGCGGCCGCCAUCGCCGAUUGCUACCACCGGCGGCGCCGACGCAGCGGCAGCGAUGGCAGCAGUAGCGAUGGCAGUGCCAGCGAUGGCAGCGCCAGCGAUGGAAGUCGGCCCGAGGGCAGCUCAAGAACAAGCGACGCCGACGACGGCCAGUCUUCUUCUGGUUGA